AUGGCUUCCGUCGGCUCCCCGCCCGCCCCCGAACUCCUAAUGGCAGUUCGUAACGAGCACAACAAGCCCUCCGUCUUCCGGUCCCUCCUCAUCAUCCGUCUCCUCAACGCCUGGUGGGUCCUCACCUUUUUCCAGCCUGACGAGUACUUUCAGGCCCUCGAACCCGCCUGGCGCAUGGCCUUUGGCGAAGGGAGCGGCGCCUGGAUCACCUGGGAAUGGAGAAACCAGCUCCGCUCCUCGCUGCAUCCCGCCCUCUUCGCCGGCGUCUACACCCUCGCAGACCUCGUCGCCCGCCCACUCCCCAUCAUCAGGCCAUGGCUCCUACUCGCCGCUCCAAAAGCCGCACAGGCCGUCUUUGCCGCGGCCGGCGACUGGUACACCUGGCAGCUGGCCGUCAAGAUUUACGGCGCCGAUAGCUCCGUCUCAUGGUUCGCUCUAUUCAUGAGCAUGUUCAGUCCUUUCCAAUGGUACUGCUCCACCAGGACCUUUUCUAACUCGCUCGAGACCACGCUCACCAUCAUGGCCCUCAACUACUGGCCCUGGGAGCUCCUCGGUGAUGCAAAGAUAGAAAAAGAGAACCCCAAGCCCGCAAAUUCCAUCCUACACACGCCCGGGACUCUCACUAGUCUCCGCCUAUCCCUCAUCCUCGCCGCAACAGCAGUCCUCCUCCGCCCAACAAACGUCCUCAUUUGGAUACCAGUCGCCCUCGCAACCCUCCUCCGGCCCUUCCUCUCCCGCUCCAACUCAAUCUCCACCUCCACCUCCGGUUCUGGCUCCGGUUCCGGCCCCGGCCCCUCCUCCGUCCUCACCCCGCAAACCAUCCUCCUCCUCCUCCGCGAAGCCCUCCUUUGCGGCACCCUCGUCCUCUCCCUCUCCCUAACCUCAGACCGCCUCUACUUUGGCGAAUGGGCCUUCCCCCCCUACAAAUUCCUCUACUUCAACCUCUCCCAAUCCCUCGCCGUCCUCUACGGCCGCAACGACUGGCACUACUACCUCUCCCAGGGCCUCCCCCUCCUCUCAAUGACCUAUCUCCCCUUCGUCCUCGUAUCCCUCUACAACCCCCCGCAACCGACAGUUGGACCACGCUCGAAAAUUCCCAGCAAAGCGACCCUCAAAACCCUCACCUGGACAGUCUACAUCACACUCGCCGCCCUCUCCACUGUCUCCCACAAAGAAGUCCGCUUCAUCUACCCACUCCUCCCAACCCUCCACAUCCUCGCCGCCGCACCCCUAGCAUCCUUCUUCACCAUCCCGGCCCCGCCACCCUCCCCCCGCUCUCCGCUCCCGAAGCCCCGCCUCCGCCGCAAGCGCCUCCUCGCCUCCGCCCUGGGCCUCCACGCCGCAAUCGCCUUCUUCCUCACCCUCCUCCACCAGCCCGCGCCCCUGACGGUCCUGACCUUCCUCCGGACCUCGUACGCCCGCAUACACCCGGAGCAGGCGGCUACAGCGGCCCCGAUCGCGUCCCUGGCUUUGGCGUCGAUGUCCUCCUCUUUCUCUUCUUCAUCCUCCUCCUCCUCUUCUGCUUCCUCCUCGUCGUCAUCAUUAGCAACAACAUCAUCAACAUCGACAGCAGAGGAAGACAGAGGCAAAGAACUCUUCGCCCUCUUCCUAACACCAUGCCACUCCACCCCCUGGCGCUCCCACCUCCUCCACCCGUCCCUCCGCGCCCGCGCCCUCACCUGCGAACCGCCCCUCCACACCCAACCAGACACCCUCGAACGCGAAGCCUACCGCGACGAGGCGGACCGCUUCUACGACGAUCCCCAGCGCUUCAUGGCGACGGAGCUGUGGCCGGCAGCCGCGUCCAGGUCCAGGUCCAGGUCCAGGUCCAGCUCCGACUCGGAUUCUUCCGAUUCCGACUCCGAGUCCGCAGCACCAACUGCAUCAGUACCACCACCACCACCACCAGAAGAAGCAGAAGCAGAAGCAGAAGCAGAAGAAAUCCCCCGCUACAUCAUCGGCUUCGAAGGCAUCGAACCCUGGCUCCACGACUUCUUCACCUCCCCCCACGGCGCAGGCCGCCACCUCGGCGUGAGCCCGAAACGCGUCUGGUCAGGUUGGAAUGGCUUCUUCAACGAGGACGCCCGUCGGCGCGGGAAGCUCGUCGUUUGGGAUACGGGGCUGUAUACUACUGUAUCCUAA